AUGGAUACAAGAAAUGAAGAAUACGCUGAAUAUAAGAAACUAAGACAAAAUGUCAAGCAGUUACAAGAUGAACUGCAAAAGCGCAUUUCUGCUGAGGCAGAACUUGAAAGUGAAGUAAAAAGGUUGCAUGAGGAAACUAUUCCACUGUCUGCUGCCAGGGCAUUAACUCAUGUAGCACUUUGCAAAGGAAGAGCUCUUGAAAUUUUAUCUGGAAUGACAAGUUCUAACUCUGUUAACACAUCGAAUUUAAGGUGGGCGUUUAGGAGUUUAUAUAAAUUUGCAUUUGGGGAUAUUGCUUACGCAAAGAAAAUUGGCGAAGAUAGAUCUGCACAAUACCAUUAUAAUGAGACUCAACUCCGCCUAUUUCGUCAGGAACAAUUGUUGCUACUAGCGGAAAACGAAAGAUUGUCCUCCCAAAUAAAAAAUUUACAACUUGAACUAGCGCAAAACUAUAAAGCAACAAAGUUAGAAAAAAUAGUGUCAAGCAAGCCAUCUAAAAGGAGAGGCCAAACACAACCGAGGUCAGGUUCUAACAAUGAAUCAAUUAGAGAGAACGAAGCUGAUAGUAUAUCAAAUAGUGAAUUGGAAACAGAGUCUGAUUCAGAGUCUGAAACAAGUAGUUGCAUCGCAUUAAAUGUUGAGCUUGUAACAAGGCAUUUAUGGAGCCUAAUUCAUUGUAUGUAUUCAGCGUUCCAGAGACGAAAGUUGCUGGCGUUCGUCACGUGGAAAUUAACAACCAAUAGAUCAUCACAUCAAAUGUCUGAUGGAGUUCCAAAUACUAGUUCAUUUGUGAAUGACCAAGGUAUGCAUGAAACUUCAGGAUCUAUGAGCACAAGCCGCUUUUUCGAGUUUCUUCAAAGAAGAUACCGUAUAAUGCUUCUUGCAAAAGGGUUUUGGAGGAUUUGGAGUUCUUGUUACUCUCCUUUGUUCAAACGAAAGAUAAAUUGUGGUGUAGUUCGUGGGCCUGGGCUAUCAUCAUUCAGGCCAAUAAAUCAUGGUGGUCUAAUGUAUAAUGACUCGGCAUAUAAGGCAAUCGGUGGACUUGAAGAUGUUGCCUACGUUACUGUUCAGGGCUCGGGUGCUUCAAUAAGUGGUUGUUCGACAGCGUUUGCAACUCAGCCUCAUUAUCUUGCAAAUUUACCUAGUUUUUCUAAAAUAACUUAUGCUCCUAGGAAUACGUACUUUGAAACAAAAGAUUUACCACCAUUCCCAAAACCAAGGGAGGGAAUCAAAUCUCAACAGAAUUCUUUAGACCAAAACAAGAGUAUACCACCAUACUUUAGACCAUUUGACAAACCAAAUAAUUAUAUCAAUCAAAGAAAUUACUCUUCUAAUUCGAUUGAUAAUGGCUUUAAUGCUAAUUCAGCAGGUAGAAGCGAUAUAAACACUGCAAGAACAGAACUUAUUUCCUUACUUGAACCAGGGGCAAAAAACAGUUCAUUCGGGUCAUUUCAUGAAGGCAAUAUUAACCAAUUCCAAUCUGGGCCUAUGGAUAAUAUCUCAACAAAAUUGAAGUAUUUGGAUAUUUUAACUGAAGCUAUAGAUGAAUAA